AUGUUUUACCCCUCCGCAGACGCCCAGGAGAAUUUGAUCCGCCGUGCGUACCGUGAUGCCGGCAUUGCAAGCACACCGUUGUUCGAAUGUCAUGGAACAGAUACAGUGGCCGGUGGUACAACCGAAGGAACUGUGAUUGCAAAGCUGACAGACAGGAGGAGCGUCUUUCUUGGGGUGGUCAAGCCGAACCUGGGACAUGCGGAAGGUGUAUCUGGCAUCAACAGCAUUAUGAAUGACCGCCCUGAGGGGGUUAACAUCAAUUCUUUCGGUAUCGGAGGGUCCAACGCCCACGUUAUUCUUAAGUCCGCCGAUUACUACAUGAAAAGCCGUGACCUUCCGAUCCGCGACAAAAACAUUGCACCAUCAGAUAAGCCCCAAAUUAUACUCAUCUCAGCAAAUACUAAAGCGUCGUUGGAUGCUCGUAUUCAGCGGUUGACGACUUAUCCAAACAGUAUGGAGAAGGAUUACCUUCUGUGCGAUCUAUCCCAUGCCCUUGCUGUACGGCGACGACAUCUCAUCUACCGCGUAUUUGUCAUUGCCCGUCCAGAUGUGGAACUGACUGAACAGGGAUCCAUUCGCUCAUUAUGA